UUGUCUGCUCAAUUCCUUCCUCAAUAACACAACAAACAGUGCUUUAGAGAGAUAAAAAAAUGGCUAUGGAAGCAAUGAUUUACAACUACACUACGGAAUUGAACAUGUUUGGAGUUGAAGAAAAGGCCAACACACCGGAGGCACGGCGCAAGAGGCGGCGGAGCAAGCCAUCGAUGAACGAGGAGGAGCUCGAGACGAAGAGGAUGACUCACAUCGCCGUCGAGAGGAAUCGCCGCCGCCAGAUGAACGACUACCUCGCCGUCCUCCGCUCCUUGAUGCCUCCUUCCUAUUCUCAAAGAGGAGAUCAAGCAUCAAUAGUUGGUGGUGCGAUCAAUUUUGUGAAAGAACUCGAGCAUCUACUUCAACUCUCCACUUUUCCUCAAUUAUACACUAGGAGUUCAAGUAGCAACUCUUGUAUCACGGCGAAUGUCGCGGUGGAGAGGCGGUCGGAUAUCGAGGUGACGAUGAUGGAGGGUCAUGCAAGCAUCAAGAUCCUAGCAAAGAAAAACUCUAAGCAACUCCUCAAAUUGGUGGCCGGAUUUCAAUCCCUUUGCCUCAACAUUCUCCAUCUUAGCAUCACAACCGUUGAUCAAUCGGUUCUAUACUCUUUCAGUGUUAAGGUAGAAGAUGAAUGCCAGCUCAGCUCAGUGAAUGAGAUAGCCACAAAAAUACAAGAGAUGAUUGGAAGGAUCCAACAAGAAUCUACUUCUUUAGCUUAGAAAAUUGUCAUAUCUCUUUACAUUUUGUAAAACUUAGUAUUAAGAUGGAAGUAGUAUGUUAUUUUAUAGUACUAUUAUAGUUUAAUAGUCUAGUUUAAGCAUGUCACAUAUUUAAUACUACUCAAUAAUUGUAAGUGGUUUGAAAA